AAUAAAUAAACUUUUAAAAAUGCUAAAGAAUUUUCUCCAUCUCUGUCUCCACCCCUCUCAGCAUAUCUACAUUUGGGUCAAGAGCAUAUUUGCAACCAAUGGAUACACGUCAGUAUUUAUACUGCCUGAAGCCCAAGAAGGAGUUUGCAGAAAAAGCAGGCAUCAUUAAGGGAGUAACAGUGAUUGGAAAAUUGGAUAUAGUAUGGAAAACAAAUCUAGGUGAAAGGGGAAGGUUACAGACCAGCCAACUUCAAAGAAUGGCUCCAGGUUACGGAGACGUUAGGCUGUCUUUGGAGGCAAUCCCAGAUACUGUAAACCUAGAAGAACCUUUUCAUAUUACCUGUAAAAUAACAAACUGCAGCAGUGAAAGGACUAUGGACCUGGUUUUGGAAAUGUGCAAUACCAGCUCUAUCCACUGGUGUGGCAUUUCAGGAAGACAGCUUGGGAAGCUCCAUCCAAGUUCCUCUCUCUGCCUUGCCCUUACUCUACUGUCUUCAGUACAGGGACUGCAAAGCGUCUCUGGCUUAAGACUAACGGACACUUUCUUAAAGAGAACAUACGAAUAUGAUGACAUCGCACAAGUCUGUGUGGUAUCUUCAGCUAUUGAAGUGGAGAGCUGAAGGAAUUCUCCAGUGUUCUACGUUUUGUUUAGUUUCACAGAACUGCUUUCUGUAUUUUUUGUCACCUUUGUAAAAUAAUCAAGUCAGCAGUAAAAUUAAGUAUCUGUUA